CAUUUAUUAUCUGUAGUAAUAUUUUAGUUUUUAUUUUAUAAGUAAUUCUUUGAAAUGUAACUAAGACAAAUACAUUUAUUUUUAAAAAUAUAGCAUUUUUUUCAAUGAUUGUAUAAUUACUGGGCAAUUAUGAUGUCAAUAUUCAUCUCUCAGAAGAAUUUGUCUUUGUAAAUUGUUACAAAUUUCUGAACAUUUAUAAAAGAUUAUCAUUAUGCCAAGAGAAAGCAUACAAUAUUCAGCAAAAUAUGAAGAUGAUAUUUAUAUCUACAGACAUGUAAUUUUACCUGAUGAUGUUGCAAAACAAGUCCCAAAAACUCACCUAAUGACAGAAUCAGAAUGGCGAAAUUUAGGCAUACAAAUGACAUCUGGAUGGGUUCAUUAUAUGCGCUACAAUCCUGAGCCACACAUAAUACCUUUUAGAAGAUAUAAAAGUAAUCCUUCAACAUCAUGAAUUCAAUAACAAUAAAUAAUUUUUGUAAAAAAAGAUGUGUACACUUAUAUUAAUAAAAACAAUUAUACACCUUAUUUUAAAGCUAAAUAAAUUAAAGAUUAGAUUUUUUGUUUAGUUUAGGUAUCAAUUUAAAAUUAACUUUAUU